AUGAGUGGUAAAACUUAUUUUAUGGGUUAUAAUAAAAUGGGUCGUCCAAUAAAUUAUAUUCAUGUUAAAGAUCAAUUUUCUAUUGAAGCAACUGAAAAAUUAGGUAUUUUAUCAGUGGAAACUAGUCGAAAAUUACUUAAAGGAUCCAUUGAAACUGGUAUAGUUAUUCUUGAUAUGAAUGGUUUUGAUCUAGUAACAAGUGAUUAUAAUAGAUAA